AUGGUCAUAUCCAAAGCCGGCUCCCUAAUCUACCACCGCACGUUCCCCACCAGCGCCAGCACAUCCUCCCUUACCUCCCCCACCUCCGAGACCCCUCCCGCCACGACCGGAACCCUCGGUCUCCCCGGCACCACCACCCUAACCACCAACGACUACCUCGUCCUUGCCGGCACCUUUCACGGCGUGCACGCCAUCACGCGUUCUCUAACGCCGAAAAUCCCGCUCACGGCCACCGCGAACCCUUCGCGCGCCGCAGACUGGCAACACCCGGACCCAUCCAUGCCCGCCACAGGCAUCGAGACCAUGGAGAGCAGCUUUUUCCGGCUUACGGUGCAGCAGACGCUCACGGGGACGAAGUUUCUGCUGUUUACGGACCCGAGCAUGCCGAACACGGAUGUUAUUAUGCGCGGGGUUUAUGAGCGGUAUAGCGACUAUGUGUGCAAGAAUCCGUUUUGGCAGAUGGAAAUGCCGAUACGGAUUGACGCGUGGGAGCGCGAGAUCGGGAAGUGGUUGACGAGGAGGUAG